GGUUUCAUUAUGACUUACCCGGAGCCUUGAUGACAGGAAACACACAGUAAAGAAACAUCAGAGCAAAGCCCAAAUGAUGCUACGCAGGGCAUUUUUCAUUCUGGGGCUACUUGGGCUACCAGCUGGUUCCUCUCGUGAAGAAAAUGCUGUGAAUAUGAAAGGAAUUCUGGGAGGAUCUGCAACUUUCCUGCUGAACACUUCAGAACAAUUCAAAAAGAUUACCUGGCUUAGAACUAAAGGAAAGCAGGAUGUUGAAAUUUUUGUGGCAACGCGUCCACGAAAGGAUCCAGAAGAGAGAUGUGAACUCCAUGUUGAAAUUCCAGCAUAUAGAGGGCGGCUGAGUGUCUCUGAGGACUGCAAGAGGUUACAAAUCAACAAUCUGAGUCAAGAGGAUUCUGGCAUAUACACAGCACAGAUCUGGAUAGCUGAUGACAAAGAUCCAAUAAGUGAGACCUUCCCCCUGAGGGUAUAUAGUUCCUCUGGUGAAGAAAAUGCUGUGAAUAUGAAAGGAAUUCUGGGAGGAUCUGCAAGUUUCCUGCUGAACACUUCAGAACAAUUUAAAAAGAUUUCCUGGCUUAGAACUAAAAGAAAGGAUGUUGAAAUUUUUGUGGUAGCGCGUCCACAAAAGGAUCCAGAAGAGAGAUGUGAACUCCAUGUCGAAAUUCAAGCAUAUAAAGGCCGGCUGAGUGUCUCUGAGGACUGCAAGACGUUAGAAAUCAACAAUCUUAGUCAAGAGGAUUCUGGCAAAUAUACAGCACAAAUCACGGUAGCUGAAGACAAAGAACCAAUAAGAGAGACCUUUCCCCUGAGGGUAUAUAAGCGUUUAUUGGAGGCUGACCUGGAGAUUGUAUGUGAACGAAAAGAUUAUCUUGGUGGGAAUGGAACUCUGCAGCUGAACUGCUCUGCAGGGAGCUGGGAAGAGGAUGCAACAAUCAGCUGGGCCCCAGCCAGCAUGAGUGAAUCCAUUGGGGGAUCUCUUGUCACCUGGCACAAUUUAGAAGGCAAUGAUUUGAACUUCACUUGCAUAGUAGAGAACCCUGUUAGCGAAGCAUCCAAGACAGUGUCUUUCCUGGAAAUCUGCAGUGAGCACCAAGCGACGACACCUGGGAUGUGGCCCCCCACGCAGACUGAAGACGGACCUAGGGGCAGCAAAGCUCUGUACAUAUUGGCUAUCCUUGCAGUGGUAGUUGUAAUCAUCUGUGCUGGCCUUUUUGUGUGGUGGAAGAAGAAAAGAGGUUCCCACAGGAAACACCUGAAUCCUGCACCUCAGUCAGGUGGUGCUACAGAUCCCUGAGUGAGGCGAGGGGCCCUCUGCACACACACGCACCCUUCCGGCCUCUCCCCAGAGCCGGCUACGAGUUUCUGCACACUGUUUGAAACAGGAUGCCCCCACCACCCCGCUACCACCUUACUUGUCUGACUCGGUGCUCCCUUGCUCCCUCACAUCACGCACCCCCAUUCUCCUUUUGCUGUCCCACUGGCAGGAGCUGAGUGCGACUCGCUUGGGCUCCUGUUAAACCUGCCAGUCACAGUGUUGAACUAGGACUAGGGAAACCCAGGUUCAAAUUCCCUUCUGCUCACAUUGCGCCGUUCGGUAUCUUCCUGCUAACCUACCUCACAGGGUUGUUGUGAGGAGAAGAUGGAAAUAUUUUUUAUUGUUAAUAGCAACAGCCAUGGUAAAAUGCAACAGCUGGUGCUCUGCUCCUUCCUUCCCUCCCUCCCUGCCCCAGUACCUAUGCUUUCACUGGGUUUCUGAGGAAAUCAGCCACUUCCUCCUCGAAGUGGAGUGUGACACUCUUGCACCUUGUCUCUGCUGUGGGUCCUGGCUGGUGUGUGACUACACCAGACACCCCCAAAUUUCGGCCCUCCAGAUGUUUUGGACUACAAUUCCCAUCUUCCCCGACCACUGGUCCUGUCAGCUAGGGAUCAUGGGAGUUGUAGGCCAAAACACCUGGAGGGCCGCAGUUUGGGGGUGCCUGAACUACACUGUCCUCUGACCACCAACCCUGCUUAUUCAAAGACAGGGAGCCCUCCUUAUUAAGACUGCAGCAUUUCACCAAUUUCAGUUAGAUUGACCAGUUUUAAAAGUCUAUGGGUCAGCUUCAAAAGUGCCCUAAAUUAAUUGGAUAUCUGAUCAUUUUGAACCAACGCUGUACAACAGCAUCUUAGGCAUCCCCUCUUGCCUUCCCUCUCUCCCUGCACACAUGGGAAGGCCUCUGCUAAGGUGGCGACACUUUUGAGGAGUGUGUGUGUGUGUGAAAGGUAAAGGGAACCCUGACCAUUAGGUCCAGUUGUGACCGACUCUGGGGUUGCGCGCUCAUCUCGCUUUAUUGGCCGAGGGAGCCGGCGUACAGCUUCUGGGUCAUGUGGCCAGCAUGACUAAUCCGCUUAUGGCGCAAUGUAACACUGAAACCAGAGCAGCGCACGGAAAUGCCGUUUACCUUCCCGCUGUAGCGGUACCUGUUUAUCUACUUGCACUUUGACAUGCUUUCGAACUGCUAGGUUGGCAGGAGCAGGGACCGAGCAAUGGGAGCUCACCAUGUCGUGGGGAUUCGAACCGCUGACCUUCUGAUUGGCAAACCCUAGGCUCAGUGGUUUAGACCACAGUGCCACCCGUGUGUGUGUGUGCAUCCUCUUAUGGCAAGGGCUUUCCCCACUUUCAGUAGUGUUCUUUUUAUUUGCAGAUUUAAUGAAACAUCGUUUGAUUAAUCAGCUAACUACUAUUCUGGAAAUGAUUGCUCUUUUGUUUUUCUUGAAAAUAAGCAACUAACAUGAUUAAUCAACUAAAGAGUCCUUUAAUCAGAUGACAGCUCUGUUCCCUAAUUUGCCCAGUUAGGCCCCAUCCGAGAGGGUCUCAUACUCUCCUUGGGCCAGGAUCACUACUCAGUACACACACAAACACAAGCAUCCUGGCCUCUUACACAUUAGCUGAAGGCUCUUUGCCUCUCAUUAGAACUGACAAGGGAAAACUGGAAACUGACAGAAUUUCACACUUGGCAACUGACUCCCUCUUGUCUUUUGCCAUCAGCUGACUAGCUCAGCUGACUAGAGCAUGGUGCUGACAACGCCAAGGUUGCGGGUUCAGUCUCCAUUCUCCAAUUUUCUUCUUAGUUGAUUUUGGUCAUUCCUGGGAUGGCUCAGUUGGUAGAGCAUGAGACUCUUAAUCUUAGGGUUGUGAGUUUGAACCCCACAUUGAGCAAAGGAUUCCUGCAACGCAGGAGGUUGAACCGUUAGGGGUGGCUCAAACGGCCCCUUCCAACUCUACAAUUCUAUGAUUCUACGAUGGUUUAUCAGUUCAUAUGUUGAGAACGUACAAUGGGGAGAAUCCAUACUUGCAUUCCUCUCACACAGUGACUCCUGAGUAUGUGUGCUUCAGGGCUGUGGGAUGUGAAGGAGAGGAAAGAAAGAGAAAAAAAAUACCUGCUUAAUUUCCAGAGAAAUUUUUGCGUAUUUUUUUUACCUAGAAAGGUGAUAUGACACGAGUGCUUAUGUGUUUUAAAAUAGUUUUACAUCUUCUUAGUGUUUUUUUUUUAAAAAAAGAUUUAAAUAGGUUUUUAUUUUAUUGUCAAUUGUAUUGUUUUGCUACUUUGUGGUUUGCCACCCUGUGCAGUAGAAAUCUUAAUAAUAAUAAUAAUAAUAAUAAUAAUAAUAAUAAUAAUAAUAAGUGAAGAAGUGCUUUGCUUAGAAAGGAGUAAUACUAAAAGUAAAGUACAAGUAAAAGAAGCAUUUUUAAACCAAACUUCGCGCAAGCAAGGUGGGUGAUAUCCAACUAAGUUCUACUUAGAGUAGGCCCAUAAAAAUUAAUGGGCAUGAGUAACUUAGGCCCCUUAAUUUUAAUAGGUUUUCACUGAGUAUGGGAUGCAACCUACAUGACUUGCUAUUUGUGAUGCUACAGGUGUUGUCCAGUAGGUGCCUGCGAGAGUUCCUCCAUUGCCUUAAAAUGAGACCUGGAACAAUUUUGCCCUCCUCUUAGUAAAAGACAUGUAGGGAUGAAAAUACAACGUCUGCCUUCCAGGAACAGAAUCCAAGUAUGGGUGAAUGCGGCCAAUGGAGGCAGAUGCUCUCAAGGGAAGGGGUGGGGAGUAGAAAGUGUUGUGAAUACAGAGCAAAGGCAGAAAUUAAAACAAAUGGCAGUACAAAACGCUUGAUUAACAAAAGUGAACAUUAAUUUGGAAUGUACCGAAACUUCAGUAAGAAGAAAAGACUAAGACACUCAAAUCUAUAGUAAAAGUGAACAAUCUUUGCAGUGAUGUAAAUAAUACGGUUUUAUGAAGAACGUGAACCUUAUAGUGGGGAAAACCAGAGAAAGUCCAUUGCUGCCGGGCUUUUUGACUGAAAGUUCUGGAUUUUGUACAGCCUAAACCCCCUAAAACUACUAUUCUGGAAAUGAUUGCUCUUUUCUCUUGUUUUUCUUGACAAUAAGCAACAGAUUGCUGCAGACAUGUUCGUAGGUUCUAGAACAAAAUACAUUUUCUUUCUCUAUCACAAAUUUAAAGUUGGUUUUUAAAUGACUCUGGAUUCCUUCAAACUAGGACCCUGGGACCUGUAGUUUGAUUGACUGAGGCCUUUUUAUGAAUGGUGCCUGGCCUUUCAAUGGAACUACCGUUCCCAGGAUUCCUUGGUUUAUGUCCAUAACAAUGAUGGAGGAUUUUAAACUGGUUUACACCUGGAACGUAAACAAUCUCCUAUGGAGGAUUUCACAUUUCUGUUCCUUCCCUGUUUUGUGAUUGUGUGUGUGAAAUAAAAAUAUAUAUGAUUAAACUGCAAAGCUUAUUGAUUGGCUCUUUCUGCUUACAUUUAACAUUUUUGCAAUUUUUUUUUUGCAAAAACUAAUCUGCUUCUUGAUGUUUCUCCUGUGCUCCUCUUUCCUGGCAUUUAACAGCAUUUUAAAAACUUAAGUCCUAAGAUACAUUUUCUAAUGGAUUAUCAACACAUUAAUCAAUAGACUGUGCCCCAGCUGACAACUCCAAAUUCGCUGAUGAAAGUCCUCCAGA